GGCCUCAGUUUCACAUUCCAGUUCACAAUCCCAUUUCACUGUCCAACCCCAACCCAACAUAGCAGAGCUUUCUUUUAUAAUCUCAGAUCAAACAAGACUCCCCCAUCCCCCAUAACACCCAGCUGAGCAAAUUGCAGAGAAACAAAACCACCAAAGAGAGGAAAGGGGAAUUGAUUGUUCAUUCUUGUUUUGCAGGCAGGAGAAAAAUGUGGUUGGUUUAUGUGUGUGAUGAGGAAGAGAAGGAAUUGGGAAGGCAACAAGCUCCUGGGUCCUGUCCUCACUGUGGAGGCAAAGUAGAAGCUGUGGAUGUUGAGUCUCAGUGGAAGUUUUGCUUUCUCCCCAUGUGUUUCAAGAUCAAGAGGAAGUACUUCUGUUCUCUCUGCUCCAGGCGCUUGGUCUUGUACUACUAGCUCAAACCAAUAAGCAUCCAGCUCAAAUUAAGACCCAGAAAAAUUUAGGCUCUUCUCUCUGUUUGUGAUUAAUCUCUCUCCCUCUGUUUGUGUGUGUGUUUCUGAUGUGAUUCUGGUUUUGGGUACAAUGAGAUUCAGGAAAUCUAGCUAGGAGAUUUGGGUUUUGUACAAAAGGAUUGUUAGAUGUGGGGAAAUGGGUUCUUGAUUUGAAUGCCUUUGAGAUUGACUGGUUAGUAGCAAUGUUCAAUUUGGGUCUUUGUACUGAAUAUUAUGAUGAUUAUUAGGUGAAAGCUUGUUCUUUUUCUCCUUA